CAAGUCUUGACAUCCAUAUUCACCUCCAUGUUAAACAUAGCAGGUUCUGAUCUUCUUAGUUGUGUAUGGUCUUUCAGUAAUUGUAUCCCUAAUGGCCUAUUGUGAUCUGGACUUAGCUAUUUGUUCAUGGAUUUAUACAGCAGCCGGUGUGUGUGUUACACAAGGCAGGUUAUCGGCUUAUACUCGCUGUGUGGGAUCACAGUUAGUUAAUCACCAGCGAGCUUGCAGAAAGUCUGCACAUCACAGCAGUGCAAACUCACUUCCUCCUGGGGUGAGCUGACUGUAACGGCGACCACCACCGCCUUGUCUGUUACUGGGUGGAAUACUACCUGAUGAGUAGCAGGGAGGAUUAUUGUGAUUGUGUCACUCAAGCAUCUCAUUUCUCCAACUAAUGGUCAUCAACUGCUUCACUCAAUUGACUGGGUCCAGUGCUGCCUCUCCUACUGAGGGAUAGCAAGCCUUACUCCCACCGAGGCCAAAAUGGACGUCAUGGCAGUGUAACAUGUAGCAGGUCUACCACCAUACUGCCCAACUGACCACCAUCUGUCUAUCACCAUGGAAACCAGAUGAAGAUACUGGACAAACACCUGUGAUAACUAAGGUCUUAACAAUUGUCACAAGUCAAGGGACAACCUGAUAUCGAAUGUCAGUGAUCAAACCACCGCUUCCAUAUAGCUGUUGCUGUUGCUGUAGCCUAAAAGAGUCAGUGUGAGGACUAAAAAAGUGAAGAAGAAAUGGAAGUGAAUUUUCUGUACACUGACAGUCUAUACCAUGUGGUGUUGGAGAACAGCUGGUGUUUGUGACAUAUAAUACUGCAGCCUGCUUGGCAGAUCUGUGAUUUGUGAAGUGUGGUAGCUGACGACACUACAAUGAGGAUCUACCCGCGCCGUGUCUUCCGAUCCAUCCUCAUGGUGGCCAUGUUGCUUUUCGUCAUGCUCAAUCUGCAUAUCCUGAUGACGUCUCAACCAGACGGCACUGGGGAAUAUGACCAUCAAAUCAUUCUUCAAGGACACCACCGCAGUUUGGGUGAAAUGCAUGUGCAAUUUGGACAGUUAGCAGAUCAACCAUAUUCAAAUCUACCCCAGUCUACAAGAUCCAAACUUGUCAUUCCACCCAUCAGUGGGAACUACAAUAAUACCACUAUUUCAAUCAAUCGCAAUAUAGACACAGCUAAUAUAAGCCUCAUCAAAGAGGAAAUAGCCAAAAUUAACAAGGCCCAAAAGAUUCAUAAUCUGGAUCGUUUCGGUUUGAAGUUGGACUCAGAGAGUGUUGUGAUUAUUGUGCAGGUGCAUGACCGCCAUGACUACCUUAGGAUAUUAUUAGACUCAUUGAAGAAAGUGCGAAACAUACACAAGACAUUGUUGAUCAUCAGCCACGACGUGUAUGCGGAAGAGUUGAAUGAGCUGGUGGAGGGUAUAGACUUUGUCCCUGUCAUGCAGAUAUUCUUCCCCUUUUCUCAACAAAUAUAUAAAACUGGGUUUCCGUCGGAGCACCCCAACGACUGUCCCAGAGACAUUAAAAAGGACCAAGCUUUAAAACGCAAGUGUAAUAACGCAGCUCACCCAGACAAGUAUGGCCACUACCGGGAAGCCAAGUACUGCCAGGCCAAACACCACUGGAUAUGGAAGCUUCAUCAUGCAUUUGAGGACCUGGAUGUGAUGAAGAACUAUGACGGGAUGGUGCUGCUGCUGGAGGACGACUACUACGUCACGGAGGACGUCCUCACCAUCCUGCAGAUGAUGCAGAACCUCGCCAACAAGGACUGUAAGGACUGCCGUAUGCUGGUCAUCGGCAACUACGACAAAGUCCAGAACUACCAGGCCAACGCAGGCAAAGUUGAGCGGGCCUACUGGAUUUCCUCCAAACAUAACAUGGGGAUGGUGUUCACCAGGGUGUUGUGGAAUGAAAUCAAGAAAUGUUUUAAGGAGUUUUGUCUCCAUGACGACUACAACUGGGACUGGACCAUUCAGCAUCUCAGCAUGAAGUGCAUCCCCAACAAGAUCCGCACCAUCAAGAUGAAAGCUAGUCGGAUCUUCCACAUCGGUGAAUGUGGGAUGCACAUGAAGGGCAAGAGCUGCAAUCCUGGGGGAAAGCUGAAGAAAGUGGAGGAGUUAAUUGCUAAAAACAAACAAUAUCUGUUUCCUAAUGUGCUAUCAGUGGCCGGGGAUUCCCGUUUCAAACUAAGAGACCCCAAAGCUAAUGGUGGAUGGGGUGAUAACAGGGACCAUGAAAUGUGCCUGAGUUUCUUGUACAGAAACACCACAGUUAGGUGAUAGUUGGAGCAGACGGCACAGUCGGACAUCUUGGAUUCCAGAAGGUGCACUCACAAGAAGGAAGAACAUGAACUUUGAACAAUCUCAUCUUACUAACCUGAUUGUAUUUAAAAGUUUAACAAUAACAUUGUUUCAUGUGAAAUAGUAUGAUUAUCAUCUCCUGUUUCAUCCAGAUAUUUUGUCAUUUUAAUGUGCAAGGUUGUGUCUCAUGACAAGCCUGAUUUUUAGGGGUUUUCUCUUCAGAUGAUAUGGUUUAAUUCAUCUUUGAAUCUUUCCAAGUUAAUGAAGUCAUCUUAUUUCAGAGAGAAUGAUCAAAUCAUUUGGGUUGAACUGGUAGCAAUCCUCAGUAUUUUCACAGAAUCAUGUGAAAACUUGUCAUUGUAUUUUGUACGACUGCAAGUUAUACUUUUUCUUUCUUGAAUGCAAUAUUUUCGGAUGUGAUAGAAGUCUUGCUUGUUAUGGCUGACCAUUCUUAUUCCAGAGGAGGGGUACCAGGAUCUGUUUGAAAAAUAUCAUUUAUCCCAGAAUAUCCAGUCAGAAUAUAUACUGCCUCCAGUUUAACAACAAACAAAUUGUUCACUUGACAUAAUGGACGUCAUGAAGAGAAUUAUGUGGCUCCCCCUCUUCAUUAUGGAAGAAUUGUAUGUGUUAAAGCAGUAACUGGACAAAUAGUCUGUUUCCAACAAUUUCCACCCCACACACACCCCUCCUCUCCACCACCCACUUCCCCACCCCCACCCCCUCUUUAUUGUCUAUUUAAUGGUCGGUCCAUAAAUCUCUAAUGGCUUUGUACAUGUAAAUUGAAAACUUUGAUGGUUUGUGUUUUGCUUUGUAAUUAAAUUUGUAUCAGGCUGUUAGCAAUUCAAUUAUGAAGUCCUAUCAUGCUUGAAGGCAAAACUGUUUACACCUGUGAUGAUUUCACUGCUUCUUGAACAUUGUAUGAAUAUACCAUGUUGUUCAUGCUGUUAACAAAGUCAGAUAUUACUAAUGGUCGUCUUGAACUUGUUGUUGUCAAUGUCUUCUUGUUGUUUCUGAACAACCUGACGUAGGGUACAUAUCACAUCAACAUUGACUGUUUGCGUUUUUGCUUGUUUCCAAGAAUUCAGUCAGGAUGUGACUGAAAUAUUUCUUCUUGGCUGCUAAAAAUCUAAUUUCUCAAUAAUAUCUCCACAUCACUGAAUACGUUACCAUGGAGACCCUAAAACAAGCCAUCCAACACUCUCCUUGCAAAUCCAGAUUAUUGCAGUCUCUAGGAUCUUUUAGCUAUAUAUUAAAGAGAAUUAAUACUGUUCUUUCUGUAAAAUAUUUUGACUUCAAAGACUAGACGUUAGUGUGUAAUAUCCUGUGUUUAAAGUUAUCUUCCUCACCAUUGUGUGACCAAUGUGUCAUUCACUUUGUCAGAAACAAUGUGUGUCCCCUGUGAAGUCUGAAGUUCAUAGUUUAAUUCAUACCUCCUCAAUUCACCAUUUUUUUGGGAAAAAACAUAGAUUACAUUGGACAUGUGUGAUGGGCGACAUAUUCUAGAUGUAUAAACAUGUAACAAGGAGUUCAAGAGAUUUUUGACACAACCCUGAUCAGCUUUCCUGUUUAUUCUUGGUCCGUACAUGUUUCAGUGAUUAUAAUGUGCCAACGUGUUUCAGUAAUGGCCAAACUCAUCUCAUCUCUCACAUCCUAUUUGCGUGAUUGAUUUAGAUCAUGGUUUGAAUGAUGUAGAUUAUGUUUUGAAAGCUGACAGUCUUGUGAGUUAUGUCAACAUUUGAGUUGCUUUGGCUUGAGGCAGCAUGCAGUACUGCAGCUUCGGCCAUUUUGUUUCCUUAUAUAAAAGGACACCUCUCAAACAAAAAGUAUUUUGUAAGAUUAUGGAACAUUAUGUGGACUGCUUUGAUGGAAAUACUUUGUUAUGUUUCAUCAGUAGCUUACCUUGAUGCUACAGGUAGAUGUCAGCUUACCUUGAUGCUACAGGUAGAUGUCAGCUUACCUUGAUGCUACAGGUAGAUGUCAAGGGAUUACCGGUACCUUGAAUCUACAGGUAGAUGUCAGCUUACCUUGAUGCUACAGGUAGAUGUCAGCUUACCUUGAUGCUACAGGUAGAUGUCACCCAAACCUAGCAUCUCCAUCUGUCUUCCCACAUGAGUGAGGUUGCACCGAGCUCCUCAGUUUAGGAUCCUAAAUUGUUUAUUCUUCGUGUCAGUCAUCAACAAUUUCUUCUGAGGAGCAUCAUGUCAAAUAAAAUGAACCACAUGUUAAACACCAUGCAGUUAAAAUUAUCUGCAAAUUGUUUAUAGAACCAAAGUUCCUGUUAUUGCAUUAAGGUUGCACAGAGGGGCUUGACCAAGUGCUGUAUUGAUCUGGGCUUGCCACACUGCCAUGUGGUCGCUGUUGUUAUUGUGUGGACAAUGCAUGCAGAUGCAACUCUGUCACCUGUAAAUAUGUUGUCUGGAAAAGAGUAUUUAAUGUGCAUGUUGAUAAAAUACAUUUAACCUG